UGACAUCUCCUAAACGAUUGGGUCAUCCUUGGAGCCUCUCAUCAGCACCAGGCUGUCAUUGGUCGAUGUCAAUGUCAGUCAGCAUUUUAGCAGAUGUAAUUCUCAGCCGGACAGUGUAAUGUAAAGUUCCAUAGAAUGGACUGUGUUGCCAACGCCGAAAGGUGACUCGGCUUAACUGGAGCAACGGACGCAACAAGUAGAGAUGCACAGAGGUGAUUGAGAAUGUAGGCCAUGUCCAAAAGUGGACAGAUCCCCUGAGGAGAAACAAGCCAAUGUACCAGCGCCGGAUAGUCACCAUGGAGAUGGCCAAUGACGCCCCACCCCCCUUUGAAGACGACAGGACUGUGUGCGUGGUGUCUGUGAAAGGUCUGAAGGAGAACUGGCAGAGGUGGUCUAACGAACACCAGGAGCACCAGAAACACAACCCCUUCAGCAGCGAUGGCCAGCCCGUCUGCACGCAGCCCCUGCUGGGUCAGAAUGGCUAUGGCCGCCCCCAGGAGGGCUCCCUCACUCAGCGGCGGGGCCAAGACGCCCAGUCCCACAUUGGCCGCGAGGUCCAGGAGCUCUGCCUGGUCAUCAGGGAGAUGGGAGGAGGGCAUGGGGAGGAGGGGCAGCCAGUGGUAGAGUUUGGCCAGCUGUUUGAACGCUAUGUGACCAUCUCCAAUAAGUUGGUGGGGAUCCUGUUGCGUGCCAGGAAGCAGGGCUUGGUCCAGUUUGAGGGGGAGAUGCUUUGGCAGGGUCAGGAUGACCAUGUGGUCAUCACACUGUUGCAGUGACUUUCACAGAUGACACCAUGGAAAAGUCAGAUACUGUAUAGGCAAAAGAGGUCCCUUCUUUUUGAGGGUCUUUGAGUAUCACCACAUCACUAGGUAUUUCUCUACUCUAAAAUGUCACCAUUGAUUGUAUAUCUUGCUGGACUUCUUAUCCUAAGUGCACACUUCACAUGACCAUGGUUCUAUGGAUUAGAAAGACUGGGAGGCGAUGCAGGAGAGAAAGGGGGAACAGACAUAUCAAUAGUCACACAUUUCAAAUAGACAAACCAGGCUUUUGACAGAGAAUGUUGCAAAAGAUGCAGAUAGUAGAUUAGUACUGUAUUGAUCCUCAGGGGCAAAGUGCACUGUACAGCCACAUUGACAGGCACAGUAAAAAGAUACAUAAAAUGUAAUAAAAAUUAGCAUAAAAACACUGGUUGUCUGUAAAUCCACUGUAUGAGUCCUAGCACUCUUUGUGCAGAUUUCUCUUUUCAGGUAUUUUACACAUCAACCUUUUACAUGGGGAAGUGAAGAGGUCCACACUGAAUUAGAAAUUGUAGGGUAUCGAGACACAGCCCCAGAGAACCCGAGGAGGCAACAGUGACAUGUAAUAUAGGGCUGAAGAACGAACCCGAUCCCGCUGGCCUGAAUGAACACUGUUUCCUGCUGCACUCAAAUGGAAUAAGGGUGAUAACAAAAACACUGACAAGAUGAUGAGGCUGCCAACAGAGUACUCACCUGUGAAACACUGCAUACUUUCACUGAAGAUGGUAAAACACUCCCAUCAUAAGAAAUAACAAUGACAAAAAAGGCUUUAGCAGGCAUACACACACAUCCCAUAGUUAAAAGUCAUGAACUCUUUCAGAAAUCUACAAGAUGUCCAAUAAUGUCAUGCAUUCACAUCUAACAGUUUUACUUUGCAGGUACAUAAAAGUAAAACAAUGUUGUUGAUUUUUUCCUUUAUUGAAAGUACUGUACACAGCUAUUUAUGUUGACAUGUUUUUUUGUAACAACAUUGAAACAUUCACAAACUCAUUUUCUGAGAUACAUUUGGAAUGUCAAUCCAGGCAGUCCUUAGCUUUCACAUAAUUAUUGGGAAAUCAGCUGGAGCAACUGUUAGCAGUUCCAUUAGAAUGGUGCUUCCCUUGCAGGGGGAAACAUGGUAUCAUCCCAGUCAUCAUUAAACUGAUACUGGUUAGCAGCAGCAUCACAUUCAUUAAACAUAAUCCAUCAAUCAAUGGAUAAAACAAAUUGUAUUGUAAUGUAGCACUCAGUCAAGGAUACAUUGUCAUUCACUUCAACAUUCAGCUGUAUUAUAAUUAACUUGACAAUAUUCUACAACAAAUGUUGCUACAUGCUCAUGAGUGUCCUUUGUUGACUGUGCUCCCUGACAGACACAAAUAUAAUGGGAUGAAAGAGACCUCUAUUGAUCAACCAGAUGAAUAACUAAUAAUGCUGUUAUUCGGUGUAUGAAAGUGGAACGUUUCCCCUCAUUUAAGAUUUGAUCUCAUCUGUCCUGUUUGUUUAUCUUAGGAUUUAGAUAUCCUUUUGCAUAGUGUAUGCUGUGGCUACUGUACUACGGUAAACACACAUGAUAAAAGUACCUCUUCCAGGAGAACACUUAAGAUGUCUUUUUACAGGUCAAACUUGGGACAUUUGUCAUUACUUAUAAGAUCGAUGUAUUGACAAUCAUUUCAGAAACAAGCAGUACGUUUCCAUGCAUCUAUUGGGGGCCAAUUUUAAAA